AGAGUCGAGAUGUUGCGUUAUCCAGGUUUUGGAUAUAUUUGCUAUGGUGAAAUGCCAUGACAACUUCGAUAGGACAUAGCGGCUGUACAGAAGAAGUUUGUGUUUAGGAUGCAGUGGCUUUAUAUCGAUGUCAUUCAUCAAGAUUUGUGCAAGAGAAGACAAUUCAGAUUUGCGUUGGUUAUUAGACAUGUUGAAGUCAAAGAAGCGACCUAAGUAACGAAAUGAUUCACCCAUUUCCACGCAGGGAAUUAGAACUCCAUUGAUCAACAGCUUGGGCGUUUUUGAUCCAAUUGAGAUAAUCGAUGGAAUUCGUCAACUGUGCAAAACUCGCGAGGGAUGGCUUUCACCGUUUCCAUGGUGUGAAGAGUUUCAGUUUUUUGUGGGUGAUACUUUUACAAGGCUCAAAGUUGUCAGAAGAAAGAAAACGAGAGGAGACGUCACUGACAAAACCAUUACCAUGUCGUCUCUUUUAAAUCCGCACGAAGAGUGUUCAGAGCCGAGAACCGUUCUGAUCGAAGGAAAACCUGGUAUUGGUAAAACAACUUACUGUGAAAGGUAUGUUUAUGAAUGAGCCACAAAAAAAAGAGAGCCCUCAGGGUUGCAUCCCAAGUAUCAAAGCAGUGCUGCUCCUUAAAUGUCGUGAUAUUAGGUCCGAUAUUUGGGAAGCCAUUGAUGAUCAACUUCUGCCUCAAGAUCUGGAGAAAGGAGUCAAAGAGCAAUUCCUCCAGUUUAUUCGUGACAACCAGUCCUGCAUUUUAUUGAUAUUAGAUGGACUGGAUGAGUUACCCUCCUGUAAAGUGCCAUGGAUUUUAGAUGUAAUUGCGGGAAGACUGCUUUCGAAGUGCUACAUAGUAGCAAAUGCACGACACGAAGCUGGAGUAAAGCUAAGAAAAUGCUGUGACACCUUGCUUGAGGUGGAAGGAUUUACUGAAGCUCAAGCCAGAGAAUUCAUCGGAAUAAGAUCAGUGAUGACGGUGCUACAUCUAUUGCUGAGGAAAUGACAGUCAACAAGACUCUGACCAAUUUGAACUUGUUUGGUGGUGAGAUCAGUGAUGGUGGUGCUACAUCUAUUGCUGAGGCGAUGAAAGUCAACAAGACCUUGACAAAUUUGGAUUUGUCCAGUAAUAAGAUCAGUGACUGCGGUGCUACAUCUAUUGCUGAGGCAAUCAAAGUGAACAAGUCCCUGACCAAUUUGGGUUUAUUUGACGAUCAGGUAAGUUUUCCUACAGCUAUAUCUAUUUUUGAGGCAAUCAAAGUUAGCAAGAGUCUGUCCAAUCCCGAUUUCUGUACAAAUCAGAUCAGUGAUAGCAGUGCUACAUCUAUUGCUGAGGCAAUCAAAGUCAACAAGACUCUGACCAAUUUGAAUUUGUCUACUCAUGAGAUCAGUAAUGGCGGUGCUACAUCUAUUGCUGAAGCAAUGAAAGUCAACAAGACUCUGACCAACUUGAACUUGUCGACUAAUGAGAUCAGUGAUGGUGAUGCUACCUUUAUUGCUGAGGCAAUCAAAGUUAACAAGACUCUGACCAAUUUGAAUUUGUAUAGAAAUCGCAUCUGUGAUGGCGGUGCUACAUCUAUUGCUGAGGUAAUCAAAGUCAACAAGACUCUGACCAAUUUGGAUUUCUCUAGUAAUCAUCUAACUGAUGGCAGGGCUACAUCUAUUGCUGAGUCAAUCAAAGUCAACAAGACCCUGACCAAUUUGAAUUUGUGUAGAAAUCAGGUCAGUGAUGGCGGUGCUUCAUCCGUUGCUGAGGCAAUCAAAGUCAACAAGACUCUGACCAAUUUCGAUUUGUCUAAUAAUCAGAUCAGUGAUGACGGUGCUUCAUCUAUUGCUGAGGCAAUCAAAGUCAACAAGAUUCUGACCAAUUUGACUUUGUGUAGAAAUCAGAUCAGUGAUGGCGGUGCUCCGUCUAUUACUGAGGCAAUCAAAGUCAACAAGACUCUGACCAGUUUGGAUUUGUCUAAUAAUCAGAUCAAUGAUGACGGUGCUUCAUCUAUUGCUGAGGCAAUCAAAGUCAACCAGACUCUGACCAAUUUGAAUUUGUCUAAUAAUCACAUCAGUGAUGGCCGUGCCACAUCUAUUGCUGAGUCAAUCAAAGUCAACAGUACUCUGACCGAUUUGGAUUUGUCUAGUAGUACGAUCAGUAAUGGCGGCGCUACCUCAAUUGCUGAGGCAAUUAAAGUCAACAAGACUCUGGGUAAUUUGGAUUUACUUAGUAAUGAGAUCAGUGAUGUAGGUGCUACCUCUAUUGCUGAGGCAAUCAAAUUCAGCAAGACUUUGACCAAUUUGAACUUGUCUAGUAAUGAGAUUAGUGAUGACGGUUCUACAUCCGUUGCUGAGGCAAUCAAAGUCAAUAAGAGUCUGACCAAUUCGGAUCUCUCUACUAAUGAGAUCAGUGGUGGCGGUGCUUCAUCUAUUGCUGAGGCAAUCAAAGUCAAUAAGACUCUGACCAAUUUGGAUCUCUCUAGCAAUGAGAUCAGUGGUGGCGGUGCUUCAUCUAUUGCUGAGGCAAUCAAAGUCAACAAAACUCUGACCAAUUUGGAAUUGCCUAGUAAUGAAAUCAGUGAUGGCGGUGCCACAUCUUUUGCUGAGGCAAUCAGAGUCAACAAGACUCUGACCGAUUUGGAUUUGAGUAGAAAUCAGAUCAGUAAUUGUGGUGCUACAUCUAUUCCUGAGGCAGUCAAAUUCAACAAGACUUUGACCAAUUUAAAUUUGUCUAGUAAUGAGAUAAGUGAUGGUGGUGCUACACCUAUUGCUGAGGCAAUCAAAGUCAAUAAGACUCUGACCAAUUUGAACUUGUCUAGAAAUGAGAUCAGGGAUAGUGGUGCUACAUCUAUUGCCGAGGCAAUCAACGUUAGCAAGACUCUGACCAAUUUGAAUUUGUCUCGUAAUGAGAUUAUGGAUGUCGGUGCUACAUCUAUUGCUGAGGUAAUCAAAGUCAACGAGACUCUGACCAAUUUGGAUUUGUCUAGUAAUGAGAUCAGUGAUGGCGGUGCUACAUCUAUUGCUGAGGCAAUCAAAGUUAACAAGACCCUGACCAAUUUGGAUUUGUCUAGUAAUGAGAUCAGUAAUGGCGGUUCUACAUCUAUUGCUGAGGCAAUCAAAGUCAACACGACUCUGACGAAAUUGGUUUGAUCUAAGAAUCAG